GUAUAAAAGUAAAAGGGUAUUUUUGUUAUUUACUAAAAGCUAAAUUUGGUAUUUGGUAGGUGGAUUUUUUUUAAGGAAAUUUGUGAGGUGUAUUCAGAAACCCCCUUUCUUCUUUUAUACCUUCUCCAUUUUUGUUCUCCAACCUACCCUAUCGCCCUCCCCAGAUGGUAAACAUGAUUCUAAUACUGUUUAUAAUCCUGAGCUUGUUCUUGAUCCUCCGUUUUUUAUUAAGAACAUCCUUUUUACACAUCCUUCUGAAGCUUUUCCGGUCUUUGGAAGACUGGUUUCAUGUCUACCAAUCCUACAGAGUUCCACAGUUUAACGAUCUUUUCCAGGAAAACGACCUCUAUCACAAGGUUUCUACGUAUCUGAACUCUCUCCCUUCCCUAGAAGACUCGGAUUUCACCAACUUUUUUACUGGUUCCAAGUCCAAUGAUAUUGUUCUUCAUCUUGACACCAACCAGACAGUUCAGGAUACGUUUCUUGGCGCCAGAAUCAACUGGACAGUCGAGAAAUCUGAGAAAAAUGGAAGAAGAAUGUUCGUAUUGAGGCUCAGAAAGAAUGAUAAACGUAGAAUUCUACGUCCGUAUCUCCAACACAUACUGUCUGUUGCUGAUGACAUUGAUCAAAGGAAGAAAGAGAUCAAGUUGCGCAUGAAAGUCGAGAACCUAACAGUUGAGAAUGGACGGUGGAGAUCGGUCCCGUUCAAUCAUCCAGCGUCCUUUGAUACUCUUGUCAUGGACGUUGAUUUGAAGAACAGGGUCAAAGCUGAUCUUGAAAUGUUUCUCAAGUCCAAGCAAUUUUACCAUAGGCUAGGGCGUGUCUGGAAGCGGAGUUAUCUUUUAUAUGGCGCGUCCGGAACAGGAAAAUCCAGCUUUGUUGCGGCUAUGGCUAGGUUCCUGUACUUUGAUGUGUAUGACAUUGAUUUGUCGAAAGUUUCAGACGAUUCUGAUUUGAAGAUGCUCUUGCUUCAAACUACCCAUCGGUCUAUGAUCGUGGUUGAAGAUCUUGAUUGUUUCUUAAAGGAGAAAUCAAGGGAUGUGAGCUUGAAAGGGAUAUUGAAUUUCAUGGAUGGAAUCAUAUCUUGCUGUGGCGAGGAGCGGGUGAUGGUAUUCACAAUGAACAGCAAAGACCAGGUUGACCAAGCAGUUUUGAGGCCGGGGAGGAUUGAUGUUCAUAUACAAUUUCCACCAUGUGAUUUCUCUGCUUUCAAGAGUUUGGCUAAUAGUUACUUAGGUGUCAAGGAACAUAAGCUUUUUCCACAAGUUGAAGAGAUUUUCCAGGGAGGGGCUAGUUUAAGUCCGGCUGAGAUUGGGGAGAUCAUGAUUUCUAACAGAAGCUCGCCCACUCGAGCCUUGAAAUCAGUCAUCACAGCUUUGCAGACCACGGGCAGUAAUGCUAAAAGGGUUAGUGAAAGAUUGAGCGACAGUGAAUCGAUUCGAAAUUCAGACGAAACGGUUGGUCAAGGAAAUCUGUUCAGUAGGGAUCAUUCAGUAAGAGAAUUUCGAAAAUUAUAUGGACUUUUAAGGAUGGGAAGUAAAAGAAAAGAGGAGCCAUUACAUUUAGGUUCAGUUGACAAAGAAGGUUCAAGACAUGAAGCUUAACACUUGUAAGAAAGAAUUAAUCAAUUUUUUUAUUUGUGAUUCUCCCAUUGGGAAGAAAGAACUGACCUUAUCUUUCUUGAAUUCAAUUAUUUUUUUUUAGGAGAUUCGAGAUAAAGAAAUAAAUUCUAAAUCUCUGAAUUAUUGAAUUUAAUAAUUCGUACGCUUCAUCAUUGCAACGCAUGUUUCCACCAGUUUAAGCCCUUUGCCUUUGGGCAAGGGGCCUAACAGAAUAAAAUACUGACCCCUAGUUUAAUGACUUCGGGGAAACUCUUAGGACAAACUAUGAAAACCAGACAUAAGGGUCUAUGCUCUAGGGUACACUCUAAGCCAAUUAAAGACAUUAAAAUCCUCAUGUUGGCAUAAAAAUCAAACAGAACAAACUCAAUUAACACUAUUUUUUACUAAUGCAAUAUAAAUUUCAAAUUUGAUAAUUGUUUGAUCUUUAUGUAAAUGAGGCCGAUAUAUAGGAAUAUGCAUAAAGUGUAUAAUUUGAAUCUUGACGGACAAAUACCAAAAUAAAAAUGGCUAAGGAUAUAACAAGGAUAUACUAAUAUAUAUGGGUAGAG